UCACCACUGGUCCUCUCACCCGCCUUGCCUUCUGAGCUUCUCACAUACGUCUUGAAUUACCACGUUCAUCCCACGACUUUGGUUAUAUGCUCAUUGAGGUCGGAUUUCUUGGCGUCACUCCUUGAGGAUAUCCGUCAUCAUACGUCUUCGGAACACCACGAAGAUGAGGCUGCUGCCCAGAGAAUGGACGCUACUCCAGAAAUCCAAGCCGCCCGAGUUGGGCAAACCCUCCUGUCAUCUCCUAUCUAUCAAGUAGCCAUAGCAAGGCACAUACGAACUGUAUAUGUGCCUACAGUCACACAUCUGCGCGCAUAUCUAGCUGUCUUUUCAUCCCAAACUUCGAGGAUAUCUGCACCACCAUCAACGUUCAAUGUCAGCCACAGGAGGCCCCCUCAUCUCGUCAUCUACGGAAUGCUCAACAUGCACCGCGACACUAGUGAAUGGAGCGCACAGGGCUUGGGCGAUACAAGUGCAGUGUUGGUCGAGACUGGACAUCGGUUGGGAUGGCAAGUCGCUGUAAUUGAGCCAUGGAAGCACGGGGACAGAGCAGGAUUGGAGGACCUGUUGAAGGAAAAACUUCCCAUCUUGAGUGGUGGUGCUCGAAGGUUGGGAUUGGAUACAGAGGAAAGGGGGUGGUCGGGCCGCACCGUUGAAGUUGGGAGGGUUCUCGGCCGGUGGUUUCAAUUUCGUCGUGGGGACUGGGAU